CAAUUCGGGGAAAACAAAUAAAUGGCGGGCGUAUGGAAAUGACCAACGAAGAAUGUCACCGAAAAUAACGAUGAUUUUCCUCUAAUUUACAAAGAUAAAAUUUAUGCACAAACGUUGGCAAAUUGGUUUGUUGUGCUCGAUGAAGGCUGUCCCGACAACAGGUCAUGGCUUCUUAUGAUUCCUUCCGUGUCCGCCGGUCCGUAGAUCCCAAACCAAUCCACUAUGGGUCUUUUGCCAGAGAAUCAAGAAAUACAUCUUCACUAAACGAUCUCGAUGCUGCUUGGGAAAAUGUCGAUGAGGCUAGAUCAGCGCUACAAGCUGUUGAAGCCCGCAUCCAAGAAGCAAACUUUGGACUCAGAAACAGGAGAACACAAGAACCAAAUCUUAACGAACCUUCCGUAAGAGAAGUGUUCUCACAARACCAACGGCUUGGCCGUGUAUCAAGAUAUGAACUGCGACCAACAGUUAAUGAACUUCAGUAUCCCAGGGAAAGUGAACGUUCACCUCGACAAGUCUCAUCAACUAGAAAAAUAACUYCUAACAGUUAUACAACAUCCUACUCCAAGUAUGGAGGAUCUAUAGAUUCCACCAGACAGCACUCGCCGCCAAGUCGAGAUAGGACAAUAUCUCCUGCUUAUAUUAAUGAUACUAUCAAUAACUCAGAAGAAAAUGACUUGAGUUUGCAAAGAAAUCUAGAUUUUAAUAGAACAAGAGAUGUUGAUAAACCAUCCAGAGUUUUUGACUCUUCAAGUUUUGAUGAUAAUACUGAAGYUUCAAGUGUGAAAAGAAAAAAGCURAAUGGACUCAARCCUCUAUCACCUUUGUCUUCUAUUUCCGAUAAAUCAGAUGCUCUGGCAAGACUCAAAGAACGAAUACAGAAGCAAAAGGAGAGKACUCCUGUCCCAAAACAAAAAGAAAACRAAGAUUGUAAUUUGUCUUCUCCAGCUGUGGUUAAUAAGAUUCAAUCAAGCUUUGAAGAAAGACCAGUCAUUAUGGAGAAGGAAGAGUCUUUUGUUAAACCAGUUUGUAAACGAAAAGUUGUGRYAGCYCCUCCUCYAACUGGAUACAAAGGUUUUAGUAUUCCCAACACAGYCCCAGUUUCAUCUAAAGAAAAGGACAGCAGACCCCAGUCAAGGGAUAGUUCCUAUGCCCCAUCAACUAAAGCUGGCCAGAAACGAUCGUCUGUUCCUCAAAAACCAAAUCAAAGUACCAAUGGGAAAACAUCAAAAGGUGGUGUAAAAAUGAGRCGAAUCACAGCCCCAAGAGCACCCAUGGACUUUAUAACRCCAUACUCCUGGCGUACAGGCAUGGAAACAGUCAAAAAAGUCCUUGGUCCCUCAAAUACAAGACCRAAAUCAUCAGCAUCUAGCAGACCACAGUCUACUKUAAGCCAGGAUACCACCUCMACGAUAAGCAGAAUGGGAAUUAGAGAAUGGGRGGAUGAAAAGAGAGAUGAAAAUGAGAAAAAAAGUGCACACGAAGAGAAACCRGUCAAASCAGAAGAAAACGGGUUUGCAGAYGACACWGMRUUAUCAGAGGGACUUUUGUCCGAAGGGGUGCUGUCAGAAGAUGCUAAAAAUGUUUUAUCUGAUUUGGACUUGGAUAGUGACAAAAGUGAUGAUGAAGAAGAAAAGUUAAAGAAAUCCAAACCAAAACAAGAGAGAAUAGCCACUAAGAAUGCUCCAAAAWUGAAAUCUCCUCCAACUAAGAAAAGUAAGACUUUUAUCAAGAAAAAGAUGCCACCAAAGCAAAAAUCUCCAGAUACCAUGCCUCCAAAUUCAAUGAUACAACGCAAUUAUGAUGUGGACAAAGUGAAGAAAUACAUGGAAAAGAAGAUUAAAGACAGAAAACAGAAGCUGCGAGAAGAAAAGAAGAUGAAACAGGACGCAGUAGAUGGUCGUAAAAAGAGGCUUGAGACCCUGUAUAACAAACAGAAAAGGAUCCUGGCUACUAACUUGAAUCAAAAUAGUUCUAAAUGCAAGUUGGGAGAGACUCACUCUGUUAUUCCUGGACAUUUUACUUUUCAACAUCAACAGAUUGGUUAUCUUCCUGAGUUUUUCUCACAUGAAAGUGAAUCAGAAAAAGAUGGAACAGAUGUAGCCUCAUUCAAUGGUCUCCCCACCCCUUCCCCCAGAGGUCAUCAAAUGUCAUCUUCAAAUGAUCAUCAUUCCGAUGAAAUCAGUGAUGCUUCUAGUGAUUUAUCACUGCAGUCUUUGAAUGAAAGUCACAGUAGAUUACCAAAUACAAAUAAAGAGGAAGAGCCUGAUAAUCAAGACGAUAUUACUUUAACUCCUGGAGAAAGCAGUUAUAMUGAGAGCAGGGCAUUGAAUGGAGAAAUGGGAAGASAUGAAAGGGAGGAAGAAAUAGCAUAUCCAAGAAUUCCAAUGCCAGGCAAUCCAAUUCAACUCUCCAGUAGAACAAAUAGAAUUGAGGCAUUGAAGAAUACAGCUGCCGAUUUGAAGAACAGACUAGARCAAGAGGCCAGAAGACUUGGYUUAACCAUGCUUGAAAARGCAGAGGUUGAAYCACCAUUGSCAUCUAAAGGAGUKRCAUURAAGGAGCCAGAUGUYUUCAGAGGAAACUUGCCAGGUGUGAGCAACCUUCAUGAACAAGCAGAGUUGAAUGACACACUGGAAAGUAUGAACUCAGCAGCUACCAGAAUACAGGCAGUUUAUCGUGGCUACAGCACUAGACAAGGACUAAACUGGAGGCUCCCCUCAGGACAGACACUUGGUGGRAUUAUCCGUAAUGCUCCCAGACGGACACCUGUAGAAGGACGAGCAGAAUCCAUUCCUCUCUACCUUGCUUCAGACACAUCUAGUGACAGUCACUUAUCUGAYGUGGAGACAGCUUACAGUCAUGAGUCAGAYAGGAGCUUGCUUUCAAGAAAUAGAAAGCCUGGAAGCAUGUUAGAAAGCAGGUCUUCAACAGCUUCACAUAGACUCCAAACCAAAGGUCCAGCAAGUACUUCAUUCUCCAAUGGACAUUACCGGCCGUCAACAACACUGGGAAAGACUUUAACAGAGACAAAAGGAGACAGGAUGAGCGUGAUAAACAUUUAUCUGAGGAACCUUUCAAGUCUGAGGCAAGGUCAAGAAGACCGAUUUCUUGAUUCAGAGAAAAAAGGCGARGWUAAUGACACCGGAAGUCUGUACUCUGAUGACUUCAACCUUGAUAAAUCAAGCGGUCCAGCAAGCCUUAUCCAUGAUGAUGAAGAUCUCAAAGAUGGCUCUMUUGACUUGGAUAAAACCUUAGUUAAGGAAUCCCCUCUCAGGGAAUCCCCACUUAGGGAAUCCCCACCCAGGGAAUCCCCACUCAGAGAUAGUAUCGACAUUGAACAAAACCUUGAAAACCAUUSGGGAAGCUCUCGCGGUAGUCCAACCGAGUCCCUUUCACUAUCACAGACUGAUACCGAGUAUUCGCCAAUACGRCCUUCAGAGAGAUCACCAUCGCCAACUUAUGAUGUAAGGGGCAGAAGCACCCAUCCUGGAGAGCCAACAAGCCGCUAUCACCCUCCUCUAUAUUACCCAAGUCAUCAGGGGGGAGAUCGCAUGUCUCCAGGAUCACUGGAUCAGCGAAUGCUCGCUGAAUUAAAUAGACUUGAGUUUAUGGAGGAAUCAGUCAGACAGUUGACCGAUAUUGAAAGGACYAAUGCAGUGUCUCUUGCGCAACAAGAAACAGUUUCACUUGCACAGAUCCUUAAGGCCAAGCAAGCUGCCUAUGCCAAGGAAAUGGAAGCACUUCAAAUCAAGGCUCAAAAAGAAAAACUAGACGCUGCGCGUGAACUGGACGAGGCCAGGUAUUCAGCAAAGAAAUCAACACUCGAUGCUCAAGAAGCCGUCGCCAAGGUGAAAGCAGAGGCUGCCGAUAAUAUUGUACAGUCAGCUGAUAGACUAGUUAAGGCUCAGACUGAAGCAGCUCGUGUGACGACUGACUCUGCGAAGAAAGUCGAAGAGGCUCGCAAUGAGGCUGCAAGGACUCUUCUAGCAGCUGCCAAUCACCAAGUCACUGACGUUCGUGAAGUAGCAUCGUCCGCCGCUAGUGCAGCCGCGCAAGAGGCUGUUCGAACAACUUUGGAACAAUUCCGUCAAGAACUACGACCAUCUAGAAAAUACGAUACUUCUCACUCUACYCCUGACAGUCGGUCUCGUGGUAGUUACUCACGUGACAGUUAUAGUGACGAGCGGUCACCYAGCUAUAGCCGAUCCAGGUCCUCACGGAUUGCUAGUGAGAAAGAGUCUGGUGCGAGUAAAGCYGCUGAUGGCGGUGGAUACACGAGUGAUGAGUUUGAGUCGUUCAAGGAGUCAGAGACAGCAAAAAGCGUCCGUACAGCUUCUCCUGAUCGUACUUAUGUCUCCAAUCAUGACUCGCUCGUUCAAGAGCGAGAACGGUCUGGUACCAAGAGUAGUGAAAGCAUAGCAGAAGAGGUUGAUGCUAGUGUUAGCGAGGGUAGCAUUGCAUCUGAUUCCAUCAUCGCUAAUAAAUCAAUCGAAGAAGCAGUGGAUGAUCGCAAAGACCAAACAAAUCCCGAGUAUUCAAUGACGUUUGAGGAAUCGAUGGUGUCAUCCCGUAACGUAACCGAUGAUGAAAUGGAUUAUAGGUUGAUUUUACCAUCUGAAGGACACAGACGACGCAGCAUCGGCAAGACACAACGUAGUGGAAGUGUUUGCUCUGAUGCUGUUUCCUAUUCCUCGGAUGAAAACCUUGACAAGCACUCUGAGUCAGCACACGAGAAGAACACUCCUUUCUCCGGCGAAGACUCUUUCAGUAAGUUCACCGCUGACAUGGUGAAACUGAUGAGGGAAGAAGAAGUUCGCGCCAAGCACUUGGAAGCUCUACUGCACCUGCGCGAAAAGGCUUUGAAAGAAAACACAAAGGCAGAGAUGGAAUGGCUCGAGUUACARAAGAAACAAAUGCGAGACAAAGGCGCCGAUGACGCAAUGCCAUUCAUUAAAAAACGUCAGCGUGACGUYAUCAAGCGACUGAAAACUGAGAAGGCUGAGAUCAAGUACCUCAUGGCUGCUCACAGGGCUGCAMGRUACGAUAGAAGGCURAUGAUGAUGAAUCAAGAAGAAAUUACUCGCCUUCGCCGCAGCACCCACAAAAUACGCGGGAAAGUACGYGAGGAGGAAGGGUCACGUGACAAGRCAAAAAGCGACGUACAAGAAGACAUAAGCAGUCCUCAAACUCGACGUUCAACCCCACUCUCGACUGGCCGACCACAAGACGAAUCCCCAUCGAAGUCCACAACUGUACCCGAAGAAAUUUCCGCUAUCGACUCGCCAACGGCUGACACUUCGUUUCCGACGUACGAAAACGAGUCGACGAUUAGCGAAAGGGCUCGGAAGAGGUCGCUUUCCGAAGGUGAGAGCGACGAUGGURCAGCGAGCGGGUCUGCUACAAGGUCCAAAGGGUCACCGUCUACAAGUGAUUCAAUAGUGAUGCAGCAACUUAAAAAGCUCAAGAGUCAAUCAAGCGAAAGAUAUCUUACCCAGCGCGAACAAAAGUUGAUGCGAAGGAAGCACGAGGGCGAAGACCUCUCGGAUCGUAAACUCAUCGAGUGGGAACGACGUCUCGACGAGGAAGAUGACAAACGAAACGACAAAAAUCGCGUCAAAUCAAAACGAGCUGUCAAGGCCACUCAGAAUAGAUUAAAAGAAGAAGACCUGGCCGCUAUGGCCCCUGGCAGAUCAAGGGAAGGCUCCAUCCCAGAGGUGGAUUAUAUUUCCAAGGAUUUCUCAGAAGCGUCUGAUCACAGCGAUGUAGAGUCCCGUGUCCGUGAGCUGAGAGAACAGUUACAGCAGCGCGAACAGGAAGUGAGGCGACUUCAGCUGUUGAAAGAAUCUUACAGCAAACCAAAGAAAAUCUCGAGCGACCUUCUACAACAAGUAAACCAGAGGCAGCCGUCACUAAUCAACCCCCUGCUGUCAAAACAAGCAGUGAAACCAUUCCCGACAAAUUAUCCCUCAUCGAAAGCACAGCAACCCAGUCGCGACCCUUCACUAGUAGGGAUCCAUCCACGAUUAAAGAGGAAGCAACUGAAAAACUCCGAGCRUCGCCUAGCAACAGCUCGAUUUCAGAAAAGUUSAGCCUAAUGAAGAGUACUCCCGAAGAACAAUCUACAUCUGACAGCAAACAGACAAAGAAGUCGUCUUUUAGUGAUGGCCCCUUCAAAGGCCUUAACGUAGUUCUUGACUUGGACUUUAGUUCAAAGGAUCAAGGUCAAGGUGACAAGGAGCCGCAGUCGAUCAGCGAAGUCAAGGAUUUAGAUAUUAGUGAUCGCUCGGGAGUUUUCGAUAAAGAGGACGACUAUACGCCAUUCUCACAGUCUGAAGAGAUUAAGGAUAUUGCACCGACACCAGAAGAUAUCAGCCAAGCUAGUGAGAUUCAAACAAUUUCAGAAAGGUCUGGGAUCGAAGAGUUGAGUCGGUCUCCGUCUCUACAAUCACCAGAGAUUCAAUCAAAGAGRUCAGGGGUAGAAUCCCAAAAUUCUUUAAGAGAACUCUCCGAAAAGCAACCUUCUGAAGAAGAUUCUAUUUCUGAAGCUAUUUCUGCUAGAUCGUCCAAGAGAUCUGGGACACAAUCGAUAUCUGAAGCUAUUUCUGCUCGAUCGUCCAAGAGAUCUGGGACAGAAUCGAUAUCUGAAGCUCUUUCACUAAGAUCAGCACAGAGGUCUAAAUCGGAAUCUGUACCAGAAUCUCUCGCUACCAAAUCGAAGUCAGAGGAGGKGUUGGGUAGUCGCUCRAAAUCUCCAGUAAAUGAWUACAGCAACACGUUUGAAAGCGAACAAAACMAAGAUGAAACUGACGAUGACAUUAGUGAGCAAAUUAUCGAAGAAGAAGAAGAAAAUSGUCUGCCAACUAAAGAUGCKUYACCCAARUCUUACACGCCUGACUUUGAACAGUCAGAAUCUAAUAUUCCGAGUAAUUUAGAAAUCAARGACAGAUCUGCCAAUAAUACAAGUUUGUAUUCUCAAGAUUUCGAAGCACCGUCUUCAUAUGACAAGCUCGAACAACCUUCUUUAGAAAAAAGCGUUSRGGAUGGACAACCUGAGGAGGGUAAUGAACCCGAAGYGUUGACCCAACAUCGUCUUAGCCAGGCCACAGAUGAGGAGAGUAUCGCUGAAGAAAUCCCAGAGGAAGAAAAUAAAUCUGCAUCUCUUAGUGAAUCUAACCACGAGGCUGGACCUCUUGAUGAAGACAAAGAUGUUCCAAACAUUUCAAGUAGCAAAGAUAUAUCACAUGAAGAGAAUUACAGUCAGUACUCCCAGGAUUUCGAAUCUCCCUCUUCGCCAAAAGUAAGUAACAGUCUUUCUAAAGGGGAAGAGCUCGGACAGAAAUCUGAUGGACAGGUUCCUCAGCUAGGCGACGCAUCCGGAGAAAAAAGUAUUUCUGAAGAAAUACCAGAAGAUCAAGUAUCGGUAGAAUCUGGUUCUCUUAGUGAAGCAAGUGAUGAAACAACACCACGCUUCUCCCUCAGAGAGCAAAGAAGUAUUGACAAAAAUAAAUCAGUCAAUUUAUCUGAGGCUGAAAAACUAUCCGGGAAAUUGUCAUUGGAAGAGAAAGAUCAAAGUCAGUAUUCUCAAGAUUUUGAAUCACCAUCAUCUCAUCAAAAAAGUAAACAGUCAUCUGCCGAAGAAAAGCUCGGCGAGGCAGGCAGGGAUAAGGAACACAAACCUGAAUCAGAUGUGAUUUCGCCUCAACKUCGCCUCAGUGAUGCUACAGACGACGAGAGUGUUGCAGAAGAACUUCCCGAAGAGCAACAUUCGUUAGAGUCCGGUCACCUAAGCGAUGAUGAKAAACACUCUCAAUUUUUGGUUGGAGUACCCACAGAACAAUUACCAGAAMUUGACGCUUCRUCGCCGUCAAAGUCCGAGAAAGACAUUUCUUCGAACAAAGACGUGGAUGAAGAAGCKKUACCGACGAAGCCGUUUGUAGAUAAAGAUGAAUUUCGAAGACAACAAGCAGAUAAAAUUGCCCUUGAUCUUUCUAGCACAUUAGUUAGUGACGCUGUGACUUGUAUAUCAAGUKUAUAUGAGGACCAUAARSUGAAAGGGACUGCUACACCACAAUCUGAUGAAAAAACARCUCAAUCUAGUAAACCUGAUUCUUUAGUUGAUCCCAAGCUAGAUUCCGACAAAGAAGAUUCAAUCAACGARUGGGGCAAGCCACCCGAAGAAGGCUUCGAGGUUUCGGAGGGUGAAGAUUUGUCAAUAUCGGAGAGACUUUCCUUUACUGACGACGAGGUCUCAUUACCCAUGCUUGACUUGAAACCAUUGGRUACGGGGUCACACAAGGACAAGGUAGUGAGUCCUGUUCAAGCCAUCGAAGAAAAGGAAUCACAKMAACCGGAGAUCGAUAAAAAGGCAGAAAACGAACAAGUUUUAAAAGAUCUUUCUGAAAAUCUUCUCAAAGAAGCUGCAUCGAAGAUGAUCUCGCURAUGCGUCAAAAACAGGCAAAGCUGAAAACAUUGGAACAAACCCAAAAGGUCGACAAAAAGGAACUUCCCAGCAGUCCUCCGCCUUACAGCCCUGAACUGAGUCCACGAGGUUUUGACAAGUUUAUGGCAGUUAUGAAACAGUCCAGUCCACCAGGAAGUCCGACAAAGGACGGAGGUCCGAUUGACAGUAUUGAACUAACAGACAAACUCUCUCAGUUGAAAUUAUUACAUGAUGAAAUAGGAUCACACUUGGGUGAUGAUGAUGAUGAUGACGAUGAUUUYGUUAUAAACGCGAAUAAACCACUAGAGUUACCUACGGAUAAAGAAGAGUAUGGACCGCCUAGCGGGCAAACUAUUCCACUUGUUGUUCCUCAUAACUCCGAUGACGUCAUUCCCAUAGUUAGCACCUCUUUAGCAACAUUUUAUCAGCGUAGAAAAUCCGGGGGGUCACUUACUAGCGUCACACCACCCCCGGAAUUUUCCGAAUCAAACGUGGACGAGAGUGAUCCUGAUUCAAAAGUCAAACAGUCGUAUCGACGAAUGAUUUUCGACAUAACCGGAGAAGUUUUUCGUGAUGUUUUGAACGAAGAGUCUCCCGCAGACAGACCAUCGUGGAUGAAGCCGCGACGGCGACGUAAAAACCGUUUCUAUCAUACUCUUUCUCCCGUAACGGACGAACAUGACUAUCUUCCUAUUGUCCAACAACGAGUGCUGGAUUUAGUUGGCUUGGGCAGUGAACGACCUAACAUAGACACUUUACGGCGGAAAACACCAUUAAAACUAGGGAAAAAAGACUUUGUAGACGCCGUUUUAAUACAAGAGCUACGAGAAGAGGAGCCACAAUGGAUCGACUACGACGACGAUGAAUUGGCGGUGAAAUUCCAAGUCGCGGACGCUAUCUUCGAGUCUUUAAUGUCAGAGACUAUAAUGGUCUUAAACGCAGUCCAACGGCGUAAAGAAUCAAUGAGCGACGUUGCUUGAUAACAAUAGGGAACGCAAUAUGAUUGCGUCAAAUCCUCCUCCUCGAAUCAACACAAUCCGGAAUAUCGUCACGCUAUGUUGCGUGACAUAUGUAAAUUUUCCCAAAUACGUCACGUUGACCGUCACGAUACACAAUUUCUGCAGAUGUCAAAUAGUUAUUGGAAAAAGCAAAAAGACGUGAAUUCUAGAAAGAACAGAACAAGUUUAUUGUAUUUAUUUGAAAGUUUUUCAUAUAGAGAAUCUGGAAGUAGAAGUUUUUAAACRAUAAUGGUUGUUGAAGUGUUCCUGUGCAUUAAGGAAUUUCUCCGCAAAAUGAAAUAUKUUUUGGGUUAUUGUAAAUUAUGGUGAAAUAAUUUGGCUGUAAAUAGAGUAAAAUAUUUUUUUCAUUUUUACAACAAAAUUGCAAAAAAUGUUAUAACUUGGAAUAAAAAAAAUGUUUUUUCUUAUUAA